GCUGCACACAGAUACAUGUAACGAUUUUACAGCCGGGAUUGUCCUGAUGGAGAAACACCUGCUGUACCUGCUGACCGACUGUCACCCCACUCCUCCGCCGCCACAACACUACCGUUAGAAGCGGGGAACGGUAAUGCCGUUACCAGACAAUGAGUUUCUCCUAAUGUUCGUUCCACCGUGGGCUUCGGACGGCGUCUCUUCAAACUGACCAGGAGUCUGUGAGCAGCAUGGCUUGGUUCACAAUUCCUGUUGAGAACCUGCUGUGCAAGUGUCUCUGCAUCUUCAUCACCGUCUGGUUGACUCUUCUAAUUGUCUUCAUAAUUGUGCCGGCCGUCCUUGGAAUAUCUUUUGGUCUCCGCAGACUCUACAUGAGGACCCUUCUCAAGAUCUUUGAGUGGGCAACCUCACGAAUGGAGAUGGGAGCAAAAGAGAAGAACCAGCAACUCUAUAAACCAUGUAGUAAUGGAAUCCUAGCCAAAAAACCACCAACGUCCUUGCAGCAGGAUCUCCAGGAGCUCCGUGGUUCUGCCAGCUGUCCGCGCUCAGAGCCUCAGUUUGAGAUGGCCGACAUUUUCUUCUUCUGCCGGAGAGGUGUGGAGAGCAUCCUGGACGACGAGGUGACCAAGCGCUUUUCUUCCCAGGAACUGGAUAGCUGGAACUUGUUGACUCGCAGCAACUACAACUUCCGUCACAUCAGUCUGAGACUCACGGUCAUCUGGGGCCUCGGAGUGCUCAUCCGCUACGGAGUGCUGCUGCCUCUCAGGGUUACUCUGGCAGUCACUGGCAUCGGUCUCCUUGUAGUUCUGACUACUUUGCUGGGCUUUUUACCAAAUAGAGAGUUAAGGUUCUCCCUGAGUGAGAAGAUUCAUCUGAUGUGUCACCGCAUCUGUGUGAGAGCUCUCACAGCAAUCAUCACUUAUCAUAACAGAGAGAACAAACCGAAGAAUGGAGGGAUCUGUGUGUCCAAUCACACAACACCCAUUGAUGUCAUCAUCUUGGCUAAUGACGGCUGCUACUCUAUGGUCGGCCAGGUGCAUGGAGGGCUAAUGGGAAUGAUCCAACGAGCCAUGGUGAAGUCCUCUCCUCACAUCUGGUUUGAACGCUCAGAAGUCAAAGACCGACAUCUAGUGGCCAAGAGGUAACAGUGCAUCUUCUCUGUUAGAAUCACAAUCAGAAACAGGUUUAUUACCAGGUAGGUUAACACAUGCGAGGAAUUUGAUUUGAGUUGUGGUGCAUACAUAAAAGUAAAACAAAAAUUAAAAACAAAGAUAGAAUACUAUUUGAAGAA